AUGGAGAGCACAUUGAUCUGUGGAAGCAAGUCAAAAAUCUUCUUGAGCUUCGCACCUCACCAGUUCAAGAUAAAGAUGGCAAUGAUGCAGCUGAUCAUGCAGCUGUUGCGGGUGCAGCUCAACAUGCUGCAUGGCCGAGGUGGACAAUGCCCCGAUGGACCAAAGGGUGACGGAUCAGUGGGAUGGCUAACAGCACGUAGCUUCCGCCAAGAGGAACGGGUGGACAGGAUCUACGCGCAGCAACGGGUGUUCACAAUCAAUAGUGUUGCACUGGAGGAGGUUUGGACAGGCCUGGGUGACGGGGCCACGCCCCACGCGGCUGCGGCGGGUGAGGGGGACAAAUGGCUGGAGGAGGUAACCAAGGCCUUGGGUCUGGAAUGGCCCCUGCAUGCCCAGUUUUUGCAGGUGCCGAUCAAAGGGGGUCAGAAAAGGGAGAUGUCGCGCGGAAAAAAGAAAAGGGACGUCAUGGAUGCCCUUUUCGCCUUCCAGGACGAAAUUCGGCUGGGCAAUCUCACGAAGCUGGAGGCUGAGAUGGGAGGUGAAAACUGGGAGGUUCAGGCGUGGCGGGCGAAGACCAAGGGCGAGAAGCGUAAACGCGCUGAAAGGCGUCAGGCACAACAAGGUGAGGGCGCAGGGGGAGAUGGUGGAGGUAAAGGCGCUGCGGCCAAGGGCAAAGGAAAGGGCAAGGCUCUGGAAGACGAGGAGGUACAAAAGUUCAGGGAAAUCGCAGAAAAAACAGCACAAGACCAGGCUGGACCACGCAGUAGGCUGGAUGCACUGGACAAGUGCACGUUGCUGGUAGUUGAAAACAGUGCCAAAAUAGAAGAACUGUACAAGACAGCAACCGAGCCCCGCAACUUCAGAACCUUGAGUAAGGACGUGGCAGAAGCCGUGCUAACAGCUGAUGAAACUUCCGUCCCCGCUGCCUACCCUAACACCAGAAGAAUGGCAACAACUGACAGCCGCGACAGCGGCACUGGAUAUAGGCGGCAACAACUAGCGCACUACCGCUUGCUGUUUCACCUGAGUUUCACUCAAGACUUUUUGCACGUUAGGACUGGGGACAACUGGCUAUUGGUUGGUCUUACUGAGGAAGACCCAGUGAAUACGCUUCGGUUUCUUGGCUUGCUUUUACAGACCAUAACCCUAUUGAAGAUCGGCAAAGAUUGGACGCUGCUGACGCCCCACCCUAACAAUCCCUGUUCACGGCCGGACGUCUUAAGAAUGUUGGGCUCCUCCUUAGAGGCUACGACCCUCAGGUCCAAGUACUCGGAAGCUGUUUGUAAGACGCUAGGUUUCCGCGAUACGCGUAAUGUCAACCCUAGCGUUUGGGAACACGUUCCAGAGUCCUCCUCCUUAGCCACGGAACUCUCCUCCCCACCCUCAAGAAAGGAAUUCAACCUUGCUCUGAGUAAAAUGCACUUGGGUCGUAGAGGUGGAAUCGAUGAUGUCACGGUGGAACUUAUCAAAUUCGGAGGUUUACCACUUCAGGUGCUCUUCUUGAUUUUGAGCUUUUCGGCCCUGUCCCUGUGGAAAGGUGGGAUCCGCGCUGGCUUGGGGCUCUUGUUUCUACAAACAAUACUGGUGAAGUCACGGCUAUCGCUGAAGCUCUCAUCUGGUUGGAAACGGAAGCACCAGGGCUACAAACACCCGAAAGAGACCACCGACAUCGACGAAGACCAGGAUCAGUCAAAUGCAGAUGUGGCAGUGCUUACCAGUUUGCUUUCAAUGGACGUCUAUCGUGCCUUCUAA